AUGUGGACGGCUCAUCUGUCCACGGACCUCUAUGUUUGGUCGUUGCAGGACUGGAAAACGGUUAAAAUGCUGCCGGACGCCUUCGGGUGCGUGGUGGCGAACAGGUUCGGGAACCUUCUCGACGACGACGACGCUGACCCGCUUGACCUGAUCAACGAAGUGCGGUGCGAGAAGGAGAAGAAGAAUAAGAACAAGAAGAAAGACGACGAGGUGAAACGGAAGCAGAAAAAGCCGGGUGAGAAGGAGUCCCAGAAGGACAGACGCCUGCCGAUGGCGUUGGAUGGUCCGGAGCAGGUCCCCGUGUACAAGCAGCAGGUGGGCCAUGCACCAGUGGCUGAGAGCAGGGAGGAGGCCAACAGGGGCACGAGGAAGGCCGCUGCCGGGCAACGGAGGGUCACCCAAGAGCAGCAGCCUCUGGAGUACUCCAUCGCUAAGCCCCUCUAUAAUGACAACUCCGACCUCAGGGGUAGAGGCGGGGUCCGAGGCAGGAGAGGAUCAAGAGGUGGGGGGGGAUACACAAGGAACCCUGAUCAGUUCAAUCCAAGAGGAAAAAGGGAAUUUGACCGACACAAUGGAACAGGUAUCUCUCCAGAGGAAAAGAGAGGAGGCAGAGGACCCUGGAAUUGGGGCUGUGUUGAGGAAGCGGCAAGUGAGCUGAUGGAGGUGACAUCUGAGGCCACUGUCAAAUCUGAGGAGCCCCAAAUUGGUGUGGAGGAGAAUCUGCAUCCCGCCUCAGAUGAAGACAAAGAGAUGGUAGUCCAGGUUGCCAUGGAGAUGACCCUAGAUGAGUGGAAGACCAUGCAGGAGAUGAGUCGUCCCAAAGCGGAGUUUAAUAUCCGCAAAGGAGAGGACAAGAUCCCAUCCAAAGCCAAGGUCAUCCACCAGUCCAAGCACCUGGAGAACCCAAAAGACACUCUGGAGGAUGAUGCACACUACUUGCGCAGGUCUGUGAAUGACAUCACCUCCCUCUUGAACAUCAACUUUGGCAGUCUGGGACGGCCGAGCCGCGGUGGGCGAGGAAGGGGAGGACGAGGUGGCCAGAGUACUCGUCUGGAAAGGGUUGAACCCACGAUGGAGAGGGAAGAUGAUCUGGCACCAAAUCCUGACGAUCCAGAAGACUUCCCAGCCCUAACGGCUGGAAAAUAACUACAUUCACCUCUUUACCUCUUGCUUACCUCGGUGGCACUAAAUGCACUGAUCAAUAAAUCUAUUGCAAAGUUGUUGUUUUUUCUUAUUCAAAGUAUGUAGGGUUUAAUUCUACCAAACACAGGAUAAGGACUGUUUCAAUGGUUGUUUUAGCAGCAAAUAAAUGCAUGUGAUAAGGAAAAAA